CUUUGGAAAUAGCGUCGGGUCCUCUCUUAUUGCCACUGAUUUGAGCUUCUUCUCCUUAGGCUGCAGGAAGGAACCGCUUGACAUUUCUGUCAGCGUUCCCACCACCGCUGCCAGCCGCUUGGAUCAGCGCAGGCAGAGGCGGCGUCCCAUCGCCGAGGGGCUUUGGGACUGCAAGCCCCUGCCGCGUUAGCAGGGCGCACGAGGCGUCAGGCAGGCGCCCUGCUGAGCCUUUUCCUGGGAGAGUUGUGCAACCGGCUUAGGAGAAAAAAGCGGUGAGGAUUUCCGCGCAUUUCGUCCAUCUGUGCCGCUGGUGCGACUUCCUUGUUAGUUUUUUCGCUGUUGGCUCCCCCCCCCAUGUUAACCUCUAUUUGAACAUGGCAAGGACAGUAUCUCCUGGAAAUGGAUUCAGCGUGGGAAAAAGCUCAGGAAACCAGAGCUAAAUGACAGGAUGCGGGAGACUUAAGGAGAUAGUCGAGAGAGAAAAAGAGAGAGAGAAAGGAGAGAGAGAGAGCGCCUACUGCAACCGACAAGACUUCUGGUGCUACUACUACAGUUGUUGUCAGCUGAAUCAGUUUUCUGUUUCUUUUGAACUGCCCGUGCUGAAGAAGGAUUUAAGAUCUGAGAGGAACUGCGUGGAGAGAUAGGAUAAUCUUGUUCCCUUUGUUCAGACCUGCUGUAUCCAAAGCAGAAGAUGGCCUGGGGUCUACUUUUGCACUGUGCAGCCCUCGUAGUUGCCCUUGGCAGAGCUUUGAAGAGUGAUCGAUGUGGUGAAAACAUAAAAAUUUUAGAGCCUGGAUAUCUCACCUCUCCUGGCUAUCCUAAUAGUUAUCAUCCAAGUCAAAAAUGUGAAUGGUUGAUUCAGGCUCCUCAACCUCACCAGAGGAUUAUGAUCAACUUCAACCCACACUUUGAUUUAGAGGACAGAGAAUGCAAGUACGAUUAUGUUGAAGUGAUUGAUGGAGACAGUGCAAAUGGGCGAGUGUGGGGAAAGUUUUGUGGCAAAAUUGCGCCCCCACCUGUGAUAUCUACAGGACCAUACCUCUUAAUCAAGUUUGUCUCUGAUUAUGAAACUCAUGGAGCAGGCUUCUCCAUUCGCUAUGAAAUUUUUAAAAGAGGACCAGAAUGCUCCAGAAAUUUCACAUCUAUGACUGGAAUGAUCAAAUCACCAGGAUUCCCUGAAAAAUAUCCCAACAGUCUUGAAUGUACUUACAUUAUCUUUGCACCAAAGAUGUCAGAGAUUAUCCUGGAAUUUGAAAGCUUUGAACUGGAACCAGAUACAAAUCCACCCGGAGGUGCAUUCUGCCGUUACGAUCGUUUGGAAGUCUGGGAAGGUUUCCCAGAAGUUGGUCCUCACAUUGGGCGAUAUUGUGGACAAAACACACCUGGUCGUGUACUGUCAUCAACUGGCAUUCUCUCCAUGGUUUUCUAUACCGACAGUGCAAUAGCAAAAGAAGGCUUCUCUGCAAACUACACUGUGGUCCACAACAAUAUUCCAGAAGAUUUCCAGUGCAUGGAACCACUUGGCAUGGAAUCUGGUGAAAUUCAUUCUGACCAGAUUACUGCCUCUUCCCAAUAUAAUCCCCAGUGGUCAUCUGAAAGGUCCCGUUUAAAUUAUCCUGAGAAUGGAUGGACACCUGAAAUUGAUUCUACUAGAGAAUGGAUACAGGUAGACAUAGGCGUUCUCCGCUUUGUAUCUGCCAUUGGGACUCAAGGAGCAAUCUCAAAAGAAACUAAAAAAAUGUAUUUUCUGAAAAUAUAUCGAGUAGAUAUUAGUUCCAAUGGAGAAGAUUGGAUAUCCAUUAAAGAUGGAAACAAUAAACCUUUGCUAUUCAUGGGGAAUACCAACCCAACUGACGUUGCUUAUAGAUCUCUUCCCAAGCCAGUUCUGACACGUUUUGUUCGAAUCAAGCCUGUAAACUGGGAAACUGGGAUAUCACUGAGAUUGGAAAUUUAUGGCUGUAAAAUUACCGAUUAUCCUUGCUCUGGCAUGCUAGGUAUGGUAUCUGGACUCAUCGCUGACUCUCAGAUUACAGCAUCAAAUGAAUUGGAUCGGAAUUGGGUGCCAGAAAACGUCCGUCUUAUAACAAGCCGUAUAGGAUGGGCAUUGCCACCCCCAGAUGGUCAUACAUACACAAAAGAAUGGCUUCAAAUAGACCUUGGUGAAGAAAAGAUAGUUCGGGGCAUAAUAGUCCAGGGAGGUAAACACAGAGAAAACAAGGUCUUCAUGAGAAAAUUUAAAAUUGAAUAUAGCUACAAUGGUUCAGACUGGAAAUGGAUUAUGGAUGCCAGUAAAAAGAAAGCCAAGAUUUUUGAAGGCAACACCAACUAUGAUACUCCUGAACUUCGCACUUUUGACCCCUUGACAACCAGAUUCAUCCGUGUUUAUCCAGAAAGAGCCACCCAUGCUGGAUUGGGACUAAGGUUGGAACUGCUAGGCUGUGAAAUUGAAGUCCCUACUUCAGUCCCAACCACUGCUGAUACCAUUCCUGUAGAUGAGUGUGAUGAUGACCAAGCCAACUGCUACAGUGGAACAGGUGAUGACUUCCAUUUGACAGGGAGUACCACAGCUACGAUUACAGAAAAACCAGUACCAACUGAUACUACAGUUCAGCCAGCCAUCCAUUAUUCCAUUACUGAAGAACUUCCAGCAUAUGGUUUCAACUGCGGAUUUGGCUACAGUUCUCAGAAGACGAUCUGUCGCUGGGAACAUGAUGCCCAGCUGGAUUUGAGAUGGGCAGUCCUUACCAGCAAAACAGGGCCCAUUCAGGACCACACAGGAGAUGGCAAUUUUAUUUAUUCCCAAGCUGAUGAAAACCAGAAAGGCAAAAUUGUCCGCCUCAUCAGCCCCAUCAUCAAUCUGCAAAAUUAUGCCCUUUGCAUGACUUUCUGGUAUCAUAUGUCGGGCCCUCACGUCGGCACACUAAGAAUCAAACUGCGGUACCAGAUACCUAAAGAAUACGAUCGGGUCUUAUGGACACUAAGUGGAAAUCAGGGAAACUGCUGGAAGGAAGGCCGGGUUUUUCUCCACAAAUCUGUGAAACAUUAUCAGGUAAUGGUGGAAGGAGAAAUUGGAAAGGGAAAUGGAGGAAUUGCAGUUGAUGAUAUUAACUUUGACAGCCACAUAACACAGGAAGAAUGCCGAAAAUCAAAUGAUGCAGGGAAUGAAGUAGUUGAAGUAGAACCAGAUAUUAAUCAAACAGGAUUUACUCCUGAUUACCGUGAAAAUGGGGAGCCUUAUAAUGACAACAUUUCUCGAAAGCCAGGCAAUGUGCUGAAAACACUUGACCCCAUUCUCAUCACCAUCAUCGCUAUGAGUGCCCUGGGUGUGCUGCUUGGUGCCAUCUGUGGGGUUAUUCUGUACUGCGCCUGUUGGCACAAUGGGAUGUCCGAUAGAAACUUAUCUGCACUGGAGAACUACAAUUUUGAACUUGUGGAUGGGGUUAAAUUAAAAAAGGAUAAACAACACACAGAAUACUUAUUCAGAAGCAUGAGGCUGAAAACUGCGUUGAAGACGCUGAGCCAAGCUUUUCUCAGGAGCUUCAGUGGGUGUACCAGAUAUUCUAAGACAUGGACAACAAUCUGUGUUAAACAAUCUGAAUCAUUAAGCCAUGAAGUAAGUCUUUUAAUUCUGUCCAAGAUGUUCAUAUAAAUCGAUGGCAAUGAGAAUUUGUUGUUGAUGUUGAAGAGCAAAGAGUGUUUUUCCCAUCCAUAUCCUAGCUAUCCAAUUUAAGGGUAAUUGUUUCUGCGCAGGACUCAUUCAUGCUAAUGUAGAAGCAUACUAAUAUUGCUACAAGUAGUAAUGCAUUGUCUUUGCUAAUAAUGGAUUUGCUUUAAAAAAAAAUCAUUGUAUAACAUAUCCUAAACUGGAUUUAAAAUAAGUACUCUUAACAUUCUGAUGAGAAGGAAUUGGGGACCAUGUGGUCCUUCCGUUCACUCAGCCAGCACAGUCUGUACAACUUAUGUAUUUCCUCUUAUUGAAAAGUAAUGUCUAUGAAAAAAAACUGACAACUGUAGCCAUGUUUUAAGAAUUAAGUUAAUCUCCAAAAGACACAGUUAACUCUUGACACAGUUAAUUGUUAAAGAUCUUAAAUCAUAACAAGCAUUCAGGGCACCAUAAACUGAUUUUGUCACAUUGUUUUACGUGGUAUUCAAAAGCACCUUGAUUAAAAACAGCUGGUGUUCACUACACCAGAGCAAAUGUUUAACAAUCCUGCUCUCUUUGUUGUAAAUAUGAGUUAUCAUCCAAAGAAGGUUUAUUUUCAUCUACCAUGAAAAAAAAAUCAAAGUGACAAAAGAGUAUAUGAAUCAAUUGUUUAGUAAUCCAAUUUACAAUGUAAUUGAAUGCUCUACUAGUUAAUUAUCCCAAAGACAACAUCAAAUGCAAAUAAUUUUUACUGCACUUCUUUCAUGUAUAUUUAGCUGCAUCAUGUAUUAUUGACUCUAUGUCAAUAAUCACAUAGGCAUCUUAAGAUCUGUGAUAAAAGUGCAUACAAACAUUAUUUAAGAGGGGCAGAUUUCAUUGCAUGUACUUUCUAGAACUCAAAAAGUAACAUAUACAAUAUUAAUAUUGGUAUGGAAAAAGGAUUUUUAAUAAUUUGUGCACAUAUGAACUAAAUCUGUGGCCUAUAAAUCUGACUUCAGGUAGUCCUCAACAUGCAACUACAAUUGAGCCCAAAUUUUUUAUUUUUAAGUGAGACAUUUGUUAAGUGAGUUUUACCUCAUUUUAGGAUCUUUCUUGCCAUAGUUGUUAAAUGAAUCACU